AUGAGCAACUCUCUCGAUAUCCAUGACAUACUCCAGACGGGGUACUUCACCACGUCGAGAGCAAGGCAUGGCCACUCAGCAUCUGUCGAUUCCUCGACUCGCCCUGGGCGCUCAUACGAAUCGACUGAACCACCCGUCUCUCGCAUCGCGCCUCGAUACUACGACGACAUUCCGCAUCGGCGCCGCUCAAUCCUGCCCCCGCCAACCGUUGAAGAUGAAGCUGAGUCACUCGCCAAGGAGUUUGGUGGCCGCGUCAAACCUGUCUUGGAAGAAGAGCCCCAAUCAAGAGGAGAAAUUGACCAGCAGCCACUUAUGCUAGAAGUCCAUGAGUUCAACCCUGAGCGUCGCUUUGUUAUUGUGCCGGGGUCGGAGAGUGCGACUGAUGACGGCGCAUCCAGAGACAAGCUUCGCCAGGAGAAGGAAAAGAAGAAAGAGAGAAAGAAGGCAUCCGCCUCUCCUUCGCCCGAAGCAUAUACCCGAAAGACCAACGAACCUGAAAAGAAGGACUCCGAUCGCCUUGGUGACGCUAUUCCGAGAUUAGAGAGACGUGGAAGCAGACAGGAGUUACCUCGGUUGGAGACAGAUAUAGAGGAGAACCGGAUACCAAGCCACCACCGAAGCAAAUCUGCUGCUAGUGGCAUCCGCCCGGAGUUCGCCCAGUCAUACCGCAAGUAUGGGGAAGAAUAUCUUUCGCCGCAGGUAACCAAGCAUGGGUCGAGUGGUCGGGAUAAGACGUAUUAUGGAUAUGGCCAGCCACCUACCCAGAGUAGCGUCAGUCUGGGAGAACCAAAUGACAAGAAAUGGGAUGACGACAAGUACCAUAGACGAAGCGCGACAGUGUCAGCCGAGAGGCCAAAUUCAAGCUUCGAAGCAUCCCGGAGACCUACAUCGAAUGACCGCAUCAAUGGACCUCGACCGCUAGAUGGCAACCGACCACCUCGAGACGACCUGAGAGAGGGCGGCCAUGCGGCCUAUAAGUCAUCUCCUGUCGACAACUUGAGAGCUCCCCAAAACUCUCGCUCUCCUUCAAGAGUUCCUACCAUGCCCUUGGUGUCGGCGAACUCAGCUGAACCGCCAGAUGACUGGGUACCGAACCGCCGCGUUUCCACUACCUUUCCAAUCGGCCGCGACAAGACUUCACAGGAACAUAAAACCCCUCCAGCGAUUUACCUUCCUUAUCCAGACGAUGAUGAUGCUAUUGUCGCCUGGCCGGAUGCAUCAGCAGAGGGAGACGAUGGGCGGCAAGCGCAGGCGGUUAGCGCGACAUCUGUCUUGAUGCCUCCCAUCCCUCAAAUCGACGACGAGCUUGUCGCCCCGGAUGACAAGUCUGUUAGAUCACCGUCCCCCAAAGAGCCAGCUGUGGUAACAAAACCUUGGCAGCCUCCCCCAUUUGAUCCCAACAAAUCUGGGGUGCGUCCAGACCAAACAGUCGGGUCAUACCGGCGCUAUUCUGAGACCAGAGGUCACGAAGGGCAAUCAGAUCUUCCAAAUAUACCAGAGUGCAAGCGCACGGUGCCAGUAGCAGGCAAGAUGGACUGGCUUACACUUCCUAGGACGGAUUUCAACAUCUGCCCUGAUUGUUACGGUGCCGUGUUUGCAGAAACCCAAUUUCGAACCCAUUUUCAUCCAGUGCUACGGCCGACUGGUAACCCAAUUGCAUGCGAUUUUGGCUCAUCACCAUGGUAUCGGAUCGCCUGGCUACUCACGCUGAAACACAAAGUGCCAGACCUGCAGCUGUUUCAUCAUCUCGCAACCAUCAUGAUGGAGUCUCGCGACUAUCCGUGCCCGCUGGAACGAAAGGUAACACGAGUCUGGUAUACUGUCAAAGACCCCUACACGAGGCGACCUGUACCUGAAUUUGCAGUAUGUUAUCAAUGUGCAAAGACGGUGGAGACAUUGUUUCCAAAUCUUACCGGCGUUUUUAUCCCACUUGAUUCUCGAGGCGACCCGUCGCGAAAUGUCUGCUCUCUUCACUUCACGCCCCAAAGAAAGCAAUUCGUGCUCUUCUUCGAUGCCUUUGAAACCACGUCGGACAAGAGCUAUGUGACCAACAAAAAGCCAGACUACGGCGAUUUAUCCAUGAUGCUUACACGGCUGAGCACUCUGAACGAGUGCCGCGAGGACCGCCGCGUGAGCGAUGGAUACUGGUAUGUGAUGGAGUAUCUACCAGAUUUCACCGUUUGUGGGGAAUGCUAUGAAGAUGUGGUUCGGCCUCAGCGCACGGAAGAUAAUGUGAUUGCCCAAAACUUUUACAUGAAGCCCACGAAGCUGCCCGUUGCCACUUGCCAGCUCUAUUCUCCUAGGAUGAGAGAAAUUUUCAAGAGGGCCUGCAGGAACAAGGAUCCCGAAUAUCUCGAGGCAAAAGUUCGAGAGCGAUUGAAGAUCGAGAAGGACGUACACGCCAAAUUUCUCGGUCUCGUCAGAGAUAAGCGUAAUAGCGCAUGGACGGACGAACAGAUUGACAAGCUGAGUAGGGAGUGGAAGAGAUGGGAAUAA